CCUACUGAGGAAGUCGCAGCUAACCCAAACUACGACAGUUCCACAGAGGCAGACCCCGAGGCACCGACCGCAGCAUGCAGCCGCCACCCAGGAAGGUAAAGGAAAGCCAGCAGGUGAAGCUGCUGUUCUCAGAGCAGCUCAGUAAACUGCAGUCCAAACAGCACCAGGACACCGAGCUGCUGGAGGAGAUCAGGUCCUUCAGUAAGCAGAGAGCAGCUAUAGAGAAGGAGUAUGCUCAGGCUCUUCAGAGGUUAGCUGUCCAGUACCAGAAGAGAGACUGGCAGAGAGGAAAUACGGACACUGUGAUUUCUGGGAGUGUGUUUGGUGUGUGGCGAUCGGUGGUGGACGCCACAGCUCAUAUUGCCGCCUCUCGACUCGCCGCUGCAGAAGAAUACCGUCGGCUUUUUGGACACGCUUCCAAAAGCAUCCACAAUGCCAAGGAGAUCCGGGCUAAACGAGUUCUGGAGCAGCUGCAGAGGGUGCAGGGCGAGGUGGUGGACGCCCUGCGAGAACUUCACAGGGUCAAGAAGAGCUACCACCAUCUGGGUCACAUCGCCGGCGUGGCCAGAGAGAAAGUGGCUGACGCUCAGAUGAGAACUAGAAAGAGUGAACAUGGGAUUUUCCAUUUCAAAUCAGCUCAACAGAAGAUGACUGCUAAGCUCAGUGCCAGGCUGACAGAGUGUGAGGACCGUUUGAAUGAAGCUCGUAACGAAUACCUGCUGACCCUUGCAGCCGUCAACUCACAUCAGCAGCACUACCACACUACAGACUUACCUCUCCUAAUGGAGCAAAUGGACGGAGAUGUUUAUGACGACUUGAGGCACCACUUCACCCGGCUGUGUGGGACAGAGAUGGACACCUGUCUGGCCUCGCACAAGCAGUUCAGCAAGAUAUGGGAUGGUGUUGCUAAGGUGACCAGAGAGAGGAAUGUUCAGCAGUUUCUGCAGGAAUCCAUUUCCUUCACAAGAACAUCAGAUUUCAUCUUCCAGCCUGCUCUGCGGGACGUGAUGACUUCACUGCAGGACAUGCAGGGCUCUGAGGGAGAGAGCUGCUUGGUGAAGGAGGCCAAGAAAUGGGCUGCCAAGGCUGCCAAGGAUUACAAGAUCGCCACUCAUGGGGAAAGGGCUCUGGAGAUGCUGGAGAGUCGACAGAAGGUGUUGUCAGGGGAGACGGGGCUCAAUGUGGAGCAGAAGAUCACAGAGGUUCAGGAGACUGUCAGAAAAGCAAAGCUCAGCAGGGUGAAGGCGGAGGCUCGCCUGGCUCUGCUGGCCCUCAGCGUCACAGGGACCCAACAGUGGCUCCACAACGCCAUGAAGCAGGCGGACGAGGAGCUGGAGACAGAGCGCCGUCUCAGCGAGCAGAGAAGGUCCACAGAGGAGUUUUCAGAGGAUGAGUUUGAGCUGACUGACUUUGAGGAUUAUGACGAUGAGAACGGAGACAUAUUUGCAGACCCAGUUUCUGCCUCUAGAGUGUGUGUGUAUCCUGCAGCCUGCAGAGUUGUCUACAGCUACCAGGCGAGCCAAUCAGAUGAGCUGUCGGUCACAGAGGGCGAGGAGCUUCAUGUGGUUGAAGACGGAGAUGUGGAGGACUGGCUGAAGGUGUGUAACUCCUGUGGCCAGGUGGGGUAUAUUCCUGAGCGCUAUGUGCAGUUCCAGUGUCUACCAGCAGAGGACGCUGCUCAGCUGGACAGCUCCUUCAGCUCCAGCUCGUCCUCAGGGAUUAAAGAGAGACCAGGGGCCACCGGUGUUGUCAAAGCUUUGUACUCCUACCAAGCUCAAAGUGCAGAAGAGCUUUCCUUCCAGGAGGGGGCGCUAAUUCGUCUCAUACGCUGUCCACAUGGAGAGGUAGAUGAUGGUUUUUGGGAAGGAGAACUAGAUGGGCGAAUCGGUUUUUUUCCGUCAUUGCUGGUGGAGCUCCUGCAUGAAGAAGAAGAAGAGGAGGAGGAGAAGGAGCCUCUCAAUACUGCAGCUAUACCUCCCUGCUCAUCCACUGUCCCAAUCCCCUCAACCUCUGCUGGUGACUCUGCAAACACUGCUACUCCUCCUGCUGGUGUGGAGGACAAACAGCAGUCUGUUCACAUAGAAGAGUCAAGGGUUGCUGAGGCUGACGCUAGAGGCCCCACUCCUCCAGAGUUCCCCAGUGAUCGAUUAAGACCAUGUCGGGCUCCUCCUCCUCCGCCAACGAGCUCCACGUGGGACCGUUGAGCUUCACAGGAAAUAGUGACUUAUUUUGAGCCAACCAGCAAUGGUUCAUGCCUCAGCAGACACUACAUAGGUUUCUCUGUGAUGGACCUGUUUAAAAGUCAGUAUUAUGAGGAUCAGUGUUUAAAAUACAGUUUACAGAAUAUACAACGAGAAACGUUACUAUUCAUGGAGUGGCGUUUGUAAAGUUAAACAGUCAAAGAAUAAUAGCAAUAAUUUGGAUUAUUUAGCCUUUCAUCACAGAAAUCGGGGUUUAUUUUUCAAACUCAUAUUUUCACUAUGUUAUUUAUUAUUUUAUAAACAUCACAGUUUCAAGCUAGAUAUUUAGUAUUUAGCUUGCUGACUACAAAUUUGUCCUGAGUGCUAUGUGCAGUUCCAGUGUCUACCAGCAGACACUGUCCAGCUGCUCACCUGGACAAAGUUGUAGUUUGUAGUUUGUCCUCUAAGCUCUAAUAGCUUAGAGCUAAUUAUUUAGCUCUAAAUCAUUAGCUAUAAGCUAAUUAAAUAACUAGAUUAGAGCUAAAUAGCUAGAUGCAAACUAAAUAUUUAAUUUGCAUAUGUUGCUGCUAUUUAAUUGAUUAGCUAAAUAUUUUUGCUGCAAAUAAAAUAUUUACAUGGCUAACUAAAAAAUGUAUUUACAAAGUAAACAUUUAGCUUGCUAAUUAAAUAUAUCAUUUGACACUUAUAAAUGAAUGAACAACAUGGUAAAAAUCUGACUGAAAAAAUGAUUCUUAUGGUUGGCUACAAUAUUAUUGUUGUUAAUUCUUGACCAAACUUUACAAACAAUAUCCCAUAACAGUACAUUCCUUUAGCAAAGGCAUAAUCUACAUUUAAUGGCAGUUAUGCAUGUGUAGUUUUUG